AUUCACUUUUUUUGCUUAACAGAUAGUCUAAGAGCGUUGUACCUUGGAGACAAUGACUUUGAAUUCCUACCACCAGAGAUUGGAAACCUGAAGAAUUUACAAAUUCUGUCAAUGAGGGAGAAUGAUCUGAUAGAGGUGCCUCGUGAGCUGGGCCAGCUAGCCCGACUGAGGGAGUUACAUCUGCAGGGCAACAGACUUGUUGUCUUGCCACCUGAGAUUGGCUCGCUGGACCUGGCCAGCAACAAGUCAGUACUGCGGCUGGAGGGCAACUUCUGGGUGCCCCACAUCGAGGACCAGAUCAAGCUGGGGCCCUCGCAUGUGCUUGACUACCUCCGCUCUGAGACUUACAGAGUGUUGUACAGCCGCCACAUGUCGGCGAAACCGCCUCCUCCGCCGCAGACCCUUGACAAGAGUAAGAAGGCAAGCCGCGCGAGGUCGUAACGACGCGACCACCCCAUAAGCCCCAAACCUAACAAUGAUCGAGUCCAUCAAUAUAUUUGCGUUGUAUUAACAUACAUAAAAACUUCAAGCAGACCGGAGGGUCCGUGAAGAAGAGCGGUGGCAUUUAAGAAAACAAAAUGCAAUGGCGUCGGAAUAUAAAAUGAUUUCAUAAUGUAUGAAAAAUAAGCACUCGUAUAUCCCAAAAUUGGAAUCGAUACGCACGAAAUUAUUUGUGAUUAACAUCGACGCUAGCGCCGAUGAAAUUAUGAUUUUUAAUUCGUUUUCAUCGUAAUAAACUGAACCAUUUGUGACGUAUAAAAUUUUUUGUUUAAACAUUGUUUGAAGGUGUGUCAAAAUGUAUGUCACAAAAAGCAUUUCCUGACCUUGAAGUGCCAUAUAAACAAAUAUAUAGAGCUUAUAUUGACUAAAAAUUUAUUUAAUGAUUAAACGUAGUUGUGCUUAAUUUAUUAACAUUUUUUUAAAAUUAUUAAUUGAUUGUGAAAAUGUGUAUUUAACUGUGUUUUGUAUGGUUGGUUAUAAAAAGGAAACUCUAUUAAAGUUAUAAAAAUCUUUAUUUUUUUUCAUCUUAGAAUUUAUGUGAACACAAACAUUAUUACGAAAUAAAUUACAUUAUAUUAUAUAUUACAGUAAUUAUAACACGCAAUUGUUUCAAUAUUAUUAUAACUAUGGUGCUAACGCAGAAUAACUCAUCUUUAUUGUCAUGUGUUCAUUUUCUAUUACAAUAGUAAAGUAAGGAUAAUAAAUAUAAUAAAAAAGUAUUACUAA